GGUAAUUAAUGUUGCGUCUUUGACUUCAGGCAAGAGUUGUAGAUUGCGAUGGUUUAACCAGCUAGACCCAAGAAUAAACAAGACUGCCUUCACCGAGGAAGAAGAGUUAAGGCUUUUAGCCGUUCACCGAGCCUAUGGCAACAAGUGGGCUUUGAUCUCACGUCUCUUCCCUGGCCGGACAGAUAACGCUGUCAAGAACCAUUGGCACGUCAUCAUGGCUCGACGAACUAGAGAAAGUCAACGACAACGUCAUCAGCCUCCUCAGGCACCGUCAGGAAACGCUGAAAUGGCAGUCUCUUCCUCGUAUAAUCACGGCGAUGAGUUCUUCGGUACGGUGGUGAAUGGUACUUUCGUCAAUGAAGAAGAUGAUGACGCUGACGAUGGCGAUGCUUCAGCUGUCUCUACUUGUACGACGGAGCUAUCUCUCACUCCGCCUUCUUCAGCUCACCAGCUUGGCUUCUUCAAUUACGAUAAUACCCUCGCAUCAGGUAACAAUCUAUGUAAUUGAUUGUUUUAUUAUUUUAAUUAUGUCAGUACUAUUACGAAAGCAGCCACCGCAAUUGUUGAAAAUAAAAAGCUGUGGGACC